AUGGCAGGCGAGAACCGGCUCCUGCACGUUCUCUGGCCUCUACUUCCACGCUGUGGCACAGGUCUCCUCCUUUACAUAAGCGAAUUCAGUGGAUUUAAUUGGACUUUCAAGGUUGUGUAUAACGUUAAGGCCUACGAGCGCAAGUGUUCCGACGGCAGCGUCGGCUGCCCUGUUACGAUCGCCGAGUGGGAAUGUCAGCAGGUGUCACUGAAGAAAGAGAGCCGGGAUCUGAACGCGGAGAGGCGCGCGGAGGAGGCCAGUGGGCGGGCGGCCGGUCGCGCGGACGCAGAGGGAGCCUCGGCCCCGAGCCGCGCGGCCUCGGCUGUCCCGGGCGCGGCUGGGCGGACAGCAAAGCCGAGCCCCACCCCGCGCCCGCGAGUCCGCUCCAUCAGAGCUCCGGCUACUGUGGAAAACAACCAGUUUCUCCUUAAUAACUUCGCCAUCUGGUGCAGAUCAUGGACAUUUGAAGCCAGUCUGAAGAAAAAGGUAAAAACGGAUCUAUCGGCCAUCAGGAGGCACCUGUCGCCUGCACCAGCUUCUCGCAAGGCUGAAGCGAGAGGCCGCCGUGUCUACCUCAGUGGAAACCGCAGCAAAGAAGAAAUAAAUGAAAUCACUGACUUCCGCCGGCACUGGCAGUGUUUCAGUAUACGUCUGUGCCGGAUCCCCGGACCGCAGACCGUGAAGAGCUGGCGGGACGCGGGUGCCGGAGGUGAACCCAGGCCUCCGAGCUCAGAGCUGACUGAGCCGCUGAGCAUCUCUCCAGCCUGCACGCGAGUGCUUCUCCUCCUGGGUUGCAGCGACCGAGUCCCCACGCGGGAGGAAGAGCAGGCACGGGCGCCGGCGCAGCCCGCCCUCUUCCGGGGCUCGGCCGGGCGAGGCGGUGCACCGGCCGCCUGCCGGGACGGCGCGGGCUGGCGAGCUCCGGGUUCGCCUCCUGCCAAGCCGCCGCCGCCGCACGGGACGGGCCUCCCCGGCUCCCUCUCCAAACAGUCCCAGAACACUUCUGGGCUUAAGUUUCCACGACGGAGCGCCAGGGAACACCCGAACAACAGCGCGCCAGCGACUGCGGCGCUGCGGGGCGGGCUCCCAGCCCGGGGUCAGACCGCACCGGGAGCCACUGGCCUGACGUCACAGCCGGCCUUGACGUCAGGCCAGCAGCCGCGUCCUCAGGGCCGCACUGCCCGCCUCCAAAGCGAUGAUGGUGAGGAUGAUGACUACAACAGCGAUAAUGAUGAUGACGAGGAUGAUGAUGACGACGUUGACGACAAGGAUGACGAGGAUGAUGACGAGGAUGAUGAUGGCUUGUGGUGCAAUUGAACCCAGCACUUGCUUACAGUAGGUGCUUCCAUGCCCUAAUGUCUGUCUGGGUCAGCAUGUCAAUUUUUGUACCUGGGCCAAAUUAUUUAAAUUAGUAAAAAAUUCAUAAAAUGUUUUGUAUGUUAAAAAGAAGAAAACAACUAUUUCCCUUGCAACCCAGCACCUCACAUCCAAUUAAUUUUCUUUUCCAAAUACUUUUAGUGACUUAGUCUUCUUUCAAAUGUUUCGCAGAUUUUGUCAAAGUUUUCUGGGUAUUCUAAAUAUAGUCAGGGUAUUUACCACAUUUGCUAUUUGACUUUGAAAGAGUUGAUGUACUAAUAUAUUGAAUUUUUUAUGCAGAAAAAUAUCUCAAAUUAUUUGAAUAAUUAUAAUGAACAUUAAUAUUUAAAUUAACAAAUCUACAGAGGAAUGCUUUAAAGCUUAGAAAUGAGGAAAUAUUAAAAACAAAACAUUUUGCUUAUACAAUUUUGAAGACACUUUAAAGAAGAAAUAAUACGAAAUUGAAAUUAGAGAAUACAUACAGCAAACUCAUAGAGCCCUGGUCGCUGAGUUUUGACCAGCCCCUCACACACCUGUGCUUGUAGCCGCUGCAGAUGACCUGUUCUGUUACGUGCUGAUGUGUUGUGGUGGCUAGGUUUUUGUCAACACAAAGUAGAGGAAAUGGCAUUUCAGAAAUGACCUCUAUCAGAUUGACCCUCACAAGAAAAUGUGAAGCAUCUUGGUUGUGACUGAUACGAAAGCUCCCAGCCCACUGUGGGCAGUGCCAUCCCUGGGCAGGUGGCUAUUUAAGAGAGCAGAUUGGGCAAGCCUUGAGAGCAGGCCAUCAAGCUUCCAUCUUGCAUGGCCUCUGCUUCAGUUCCUGCUCCCUGGGUUCCCUCAGGGACUGGUAAUCCAAACUAACCCUUUCCUCCCCAGGUUGAUUUCGGUCAGUGUUUUAUUUAGAAAGCAAGGUAGGGAAUAUUCACUGGAAUUAGGAAAUACGUGAAGCUUUAGUCUGCUUUUCCGUUUUGGAGGUUUUCUGCGAACUGCCACCUGCUAGAUGUAAUUGGCAGUGACUGAAUAGCCUGCAUUUUCUCAUUCCUUUCCAAGUUUCCUGGGGAAAGGGCUGUGUACUAACAACCUAAACAAAGGAGGCGUUUGAGGUGGCCAAGGGCUUCAGGGAGAAUUUGCCUUUCGGUAGAGAAUUACGGAGGGAAGUGGCUAAUGAGACACUUUGUUUCCUUAUUUGAGUGGAGAUACUGAAUUAUUCUGUAACAGAUGGGCUUUUCUUUUCUUUUUGUGUGUGGUGCCUGGGAUCCGAACCUUAAACACGUCACUCUAGCCUGAGCUACACCCAUCGUCCUAGACAAAAGUUUUCAUGUAAUCUUUGUGCUGGGAACACAAACUGUAUUUAUUAAAAAAAUUUUCAAACGUUUUUAUUCCAGAAAGGAUUCAAGAAGCUUGUGUUUGGCCUAGAUUUUGUACCAAAAAUAGAUUGCCAAAUGGGCUGGAAACUUCCUGAAGGAAUACUCUUGAGACCAUAAAUCAAUAACUAGGUUAAAAAUGCCCCGCAAGGGAUUUUACUCUCUUUACAAAACAAAUGGAAAGGACUGGAAAGGUUAUUUGGGCUGUGUCUCCUGCUAUCAAAUUUUAUAAGAACAGGGAUCAGAUUUUUAUAAGCCAUUAAAAACUGCAUGUUUCAGAAGGAUGAGUCAGGCCUAAUUUCUGCUUUUCUCUGUUGUGUUUGGAGUUAAUGAUAAGAUUGUAUGGAAAAAUAUACAAAUCAAUGUAUUAAUGUUACUGUCGUCUGCAUGUCUGGUAUAACUUUCAGAAAGCUCGCAGAAUCACAAAGAACCCAAAUGUGCUUCGGUAUGCUCAGUAGAUGUGACACAGCGAUGUCCUCACUGAAAUGCCAGCCGUAACUUUUAGU